AUGUCACGUGACUGAUACACGCCAAGGGAGGGGGCACAAACAUGGCUGACGACUUAGGGGAAGUAAACACAGCUGCGGACUUUGACGAAACACAACCGGAGCAAGACGACUCGGAACUUUUAAACAGUGAAACUCACGAGUAUGACCGCGACAACAAUGGCAUUGAGUAUGCUGACAAGCCGCUGGUCGAGAGCGGCUGGUCGGCUCCUCUUCUGUCUCUGGCUCGAAAGGCCACGGAGACGAUCAGUAGCGGAGUGAGCUACGCCUCUGCCCGGAGGAACUCCGCUCAUGGGUCCGCUACGAGCCCCACGGCGGAAAAAGAGCCCGAAAGCGGGUUAAACAGCACAGGAAAGAAGCUUCCAGUGGUGCUCCCCAAAGACCACAUGGCAAUAGAAAGAUCCAAUCUUCUCAGCAUGCUGAAGCUCAGCAUCAAGGUUUUGAUCCAGUCCUCGCUGAAUCUGGCCCGGACUCUGGAUUCCGAGUACCCACCCUUGCAACAGUUUUUCCUAGUCCUGGAACAUUGCCUCAAACAUGGACUGAAAGCCAAGAAAUCCUUCAUUGGUCAGAACAAGUCCAUUUGGGCACCUUUGGAGCUGACGGAGAAGCUGUGUCCAGAAUCUGCCAACAUAGCCACAAGCGCUAGAGACCUGCCUGGCAUCAAGACUGGUUUGGGGAGAGGGCGAGCGUGGCUACAUUUAGCACUCAUGCAAAAGACGAUGGCUGACUAUAUGAAAGCCUUGCUAGAUCGCAAGGAUCUCCUGAGUGAGUUUUAUGACUCCGGAGCUCUGAUGAUAGAGGAGGAAGGAGCAGUGAUGGGAGGUCUGCUUGUUGGCCUCAAUGUGAUCGAUGCAAAUCUGUGUAUAAAAGGCGAAGACUUGGAUUCUCAGGUGGGAGUCAUUGACUUUUCCCUCUACCUAAAAGAUUCUACCAACAUUGAGACUCCAAAAGAUGGUGCCAAGAUGACUGCCAUCUUGGACCAGAAACAUUACAUCGAGGAGUUAAAUCGUCACCUCAGCGGUACCGUCACUGACCUGCAGGCGAAGAUGGACGCGCUGGAGAAGACCAACAGUAAACUUGUAGAGGAGCUAACCGCAGCGACUGACAGAAUCAACUCUCUACGAGAAGAACAGGAACAGCUGAGAAUGGACAACAAGUCGAUCUUGCUGUGCAGCCAGAAAAAGGAAGAGGCUGCUCUUCAAGACAGCCAGGCUGAGCUGGACACUUACAGGCAGACUCGGCAAGGCCUGGAUGAGAUGUAUAAUGUUGUGUGGAAGCAGUACAAAGAAGAAAAGCGCAUUCACCAGGAGUUGGAGCGUGAGCUGGAGCUGCAGUUGGGGCUAAAGCAGGAAAUGGAGGUGGCCAUGAAGCUGCUGGAGAAGGACUCACAUGAGAAGCAGGACACACUGGUGGCCUUGCGACUCCAACUGGACCAAGUCAAGACUCUCAACCUUCAAAUGUUCCACAAAGCUCAGGACUUUGAACGAGAGGCGGCAAAAAAACAGGCUGAAACGGAACAUCUGGAGCAGAAGAUGAUUGACAUGGAGAAAGCCAUGACGGAACUAGAGCUGAGGCUACAGAACUCUGAGCAAGAUCGUAAAAAAAGCGAUCAGUCAGAUAAAGACUUGAAGGAAGUGCUGGGGGAAAAAGUCAACGCUCUUCAGAGACAGCUGAGCGACCUGGACACAUUAAGGCUGGGCUUGGAGAAGGAGCUUUUGGUUGAGAGGGAACAAAGACAAAACCUACAGAAAGCUCUUCAGAGGGAGCAGGACAACAGCGUCGAGCUUCGCACACAACUGCAACAACUACAAGGCCUGCACUCGGAGCUGCAGGACCUAAAAGAGGAGAAACAGCAGCUGCAGCAGAUAUGUGAGCAGCAGGAACAGGCUUUGCAGGAGAUGGGACAGCAUCUCAGCCAGUCUAAACUCAAGAUGGAGGACUUUAAGGAGGUUAACAAAGCCCUGAAGGGUCAAGCCUGGUUAAAAGAUGACGAGGCCACACAAUGCAAGCAAUGCCAGAAGGAAUUCUCCAUUUCACGAAGAAAGCACCAUUGCAGGAACUGUGGGGAUAUUUACUGCAACACCUGUUCCAGUAACGAGCUGGCUUUACCCUCAUAUCCUCGGCCAGUGCGGGUCUGCGACAUGUGUCACGCUCUCUUGCUGCAGAGGAGUUCAUCCACUGCUUCCUGACAGACCUGCUGCCAUUUGGAUCUCUCAUUGCACAGUCUGGAUCAUGUUUGUACAACAAUGACAGCCAGGUAUGGACAUUUCAACUGUUACCUGAAUUUAAUAUGUAAACAAAUAAACAUAUUAAUUCUAGGAAUUUUAAGUUUUAAAACUCAAGAUUACAUUCAAUCCUUACUCUUUUGGUGAGUUUGAUCCAGAAUCAAUUCAACCACAUUAUUGCAAUAUAAUCAAUAUAUAAAUUGUAAAAAAAAAUUUUCAAAACAGGCCAAAACAAACCCUACAUAAUCAACUAGAUCAGGGGUCUCAGACACACGGCCCAGGAGACGUUAUUUUUCGGCCCCCACCUUAAUAUGAAGGUUUAAUGUUAGUGUGGCCCCCAAAGUUUUAUAUGAAUGGCGCUUGACAGCGUUGGGUUAUUUGGAUCCAAAAUGGCUCUUUCAACAUUCUGGGUUGCCUACCCCAGCGUUAGUGGAAAAGCGGCAAAUGAGUGAAAGCAACAGACGUUGCCACGGAGACGAGGGUUUUCUUACGUGCCUGGCUGCAGUCACACCGCGGCACCAGUCUGUCAGUAAUAACAGUCCCCGAUAACCUGGACCAAUUCAAACCGUUAUUUGUUUUGUUUAUUGUUGAAUUUGCAUUGCCUCACACGAUGAACACUACAUAUAUUUCUAUAUGACGCCAGAUAACAUUCCGCGAGCAAUCACUUUUUUGCGCUCGCUAUCCUGGUACUUUCCCGGCUAUUAUCCAUCGACCGCCGUGUUGCUGUAGGGAAGAAAAGUGGAACGACACACAUUGCACAAGGGAUACAAUCUGAAACGUAAUUAUACAACUAGACAUGGUGAGUAUGCAACCUUUUUUUUUUUAUAUAUAUAUUUUUUCUUUCGGCCCAGCCUCACCCAGACUCUGCAUCCAGUGGCCCCCGGGUAAAUUGAGUUUGAGACCCCUGAUCUAGAUGGUUUAAAAACUUUUUUUUUUUUUAAAUAAACUCAUUUUGAAUCGAUUCAGAAUCAUGGUUCGGAUGUGAUUUUUCUGGCACUCUUAAAAUACAUUUAUUCAGUACAGUAGUACUGUUUUAGAGAAUUCCUUUGUUGACAGCAAGUGGGAAAUGGAUUGUGAUUGUCAAAGAGAAUGAAUCGACGUUUCAAUGUCAUCUUUUCUAAUAUUCUGAUGUAAAUGUGCACCAAGAUUGUAUUGUGUACUUUUAUUUUGAUAUUCAUUGUAGUGUAUUAACACUACUUUAGCUGACUGCUUACAGAUAGCGGUCAUCUGUGUAAAUGAUUGUAGAAUGACACAAAUGUAACUUUUUUUUAAGACCGUAUUAAAACAUGGUGGUUUGCAUAUAUCCUCAAGAGCUGUUUUCUAUAAUCAUCUGGGACUUCAAUUUUUUUAACACACUAUUUAAUGACUGAAUAAAAUGUUCAAUGUUUCCAAGACAUGUUCCAACUAGUUUAUUCACUUUGCUCACAGAAAAUACAAAUGGCAUUAGAAGCAGAAAAUUUUGUUUUUGAGAGUCUUCAUCCAAAAAAAAAGCCCAGUCUGCAGUCAAAAUGUGCUGCUCGUCAGGACUGAAAUCAGAUGAACAUUUAACUAAAUCAAAAGGAUUAGAUGUUUAAAAGUGUCUAAAACAUCCUUACAUAAAAAAAGAAAUGUGACGCAACACUAGCAAGACAAGAGUGGGUGUGUGGAGAACAAUCCCAGUUUUAAAAUGGAAUACACGUGGGUUCUGUGAAUAGACAUUUCAGACGAAGUGAAACGGAACACCUCUUCAACACGCUUGUGAUCUCUCUUAGGAUCAUGCACUUAAAAAAAAUUACAAACCACCCCUCGCAAUGUUCAAAAGCUCCCCAUGACCUUCCCCCAUGUUUAUUGCUGAAACAUUUCCAUCCCAGCAGCAAAAUUCUGAGUUAAAACAAAUGGUCACAAAAAAAAGGUACUAUGACAAAGGAAAAACUACAUUCCCCAGCCCCCGCCGAGUCCAUUCAUAGAGCUUCUGCUACCACCACCUCCUCCACUGCCAUAGUAACUGCUUCCCAUUCCGCCCUGGUUACCUAACAAGAGUGACAAAAUACAUACUAUAGGACCACAGAGCUUUAUCACAUCCAACAACAUUGAGUUUUAUUGCAAAUGCAUCAUAGUAACAGAGGGAACUCACUGUAGUCACUGUAGCCGCCCAUGUUUCCUUGGCUACCGUAUCCACUAGAGUAGCCAGAGCUCAGCUGACUGCUGCUGUAAGACGACUGGCUCCCUAUGGGGAAAACGCAGCAAAAUGUAUCAAUCAUAUUUAAACCAUUCCAUUUUUUAUAUCAGCUAUACUCACCCCCCAUCAUCUGGCUGCUGUAUCCGCCAUUACUGCCACCUGCUGUUGAGUUUAGGAAAAGCUCCACAUAGCGGUGCUCUAAAGGGUCAGAAGGACAAGCAUGAAAGGAUGGUUCACGCACAUAAUUUUGUAAAAGCGUACACUUACGCAUGUUGGCUUUGUCUUUGGACAUGGCUGCCACUGCAUCCUCAUGUGUUGCAAACUCCACAUCUGCCUCCCCGGUCACCCUCCCAUCAGGGCCAACCUCAAUAUGGACCCGCACCGGAUUUAAUGGGGAGAAGAACUGCCAAAAGCAAAAUCCACACAUAUUUCUUCAUCUGGACAUAAACUUCAGCAGAGAUGUAUUUAGUCUUACAAUGUAGAUGUCAGACUCUGUGGCUCUGUAAGGCAGCCCUCUCAUAUGGACACAGUGGCCCGUUGUGCUCUGGAAGGACGAACCGCCGUCGUUGUACCGGGAGUCCGAUACACCUGAAUGUUCAACGUCUCUCGUGAGAAUUUUUUUCUAAUCUUGUUACCACUGGUGUGCCUUGUUGGCAUAAAAUGGAAAAAAAUGCUGUAACAAGUUAUUACCAAAGCUGAUUUCAGAUCUUCGUCCGCUCGACACACCACCUCCAUAUCCUCCACGCCGCAUUCGGUCAUAAGACCCGCCCCGGCUCAGCAUGCUGUAGCCGCGCCCGCUAGAGGGCCGGUCAUAAGGGCCAGGUCUUUGCAUGCUCAUGGGCUUUCGCUGGGGCUCAUAAUGGGUACGCACCUCAGCGCGGCUACUCUUGAAGAUCUCAAUGUACCUAUAGUAUGUGCAUAGAAAUGGCAUUGUGAGGCCUGGUUUAAGCUCACAUUAUUGACUAUGACUGUAGGCUAUACACAAUCUGUCAUGGUGUAGUCCGUCAAAGUUACGCUAUGUUAAUAGAUAGGACAUCAAUAAUAGGUGUAACUGUAAAAAGGACGUUCUCCAAAUGGAUAAGGGCCUUGCACUUUUCUUAUGGUUACCUGGAUUGAUUUAGAGAUGUGAUUGAAAACAGGAGGCCCAGUGUUGCUGCCAUGAAAACCAUUGUCCUGGUAUUAGAGAGGCAGAGUGCUUCACAAGCUUUACCUGUGAAAGUGGGCUCCGUGUCCUUGUGCACAGCUGGUCUCUGAUGCACCACCAGGGAUUAUCCUUACCAUUAUCAAACUGGACUGAUGGCUUAUACUUAACACCUUUUGUUGUAAACAAAAAUGGGUAAAUGGACUCAAUUUGGAAUUGUGUCUUAAGCACUGACAAUGUGAAUGUGUUCAGACAUGGAUGUUAGUGUGUUUGUGGCAAACAUUACAAAAAAGUGUCAGUUUCAUGUUGAGGGUGCACACCAUAAGAAAAGCAAUGUUUCCAGCCAACCAACCAACCAUCCCCACCUGUGCCCUAUUCUUUCCUUGUGUUUCUUUAGAGCCUUUUCAGCUAUAUCCUGUGAAGCAAACUGCACGAAGGCCUCCCCCGUACUCCUCCCCUGGAUGUCCACCGGCAAUGUUAUCCCAUUUGGCACGAUUUCCAACCCUUCAACCCAAGGACAGAUAACCCCAGCGGGGAACACAUUAAAUCACAUGCCCAAUCACAAAGACAAAUGUCUCUAAGAGAUAAAAAAAAAUUAUGGAACACUCUAAAUAUACACAUCAUUAUCAUCAAUACCAGCUCAAUUAGUAACCUGCAGCUGGCACUAUUAAACAAUACAUUGGAUUUUGGGGGUUAAAAAGAAAUGAGGACAGGAAUGGAAAGAGGUAUGACAAAAGGCACUAUGGAGGACAUUAGGCUGGUAUCAGUGGGUUGAUGAAGACAAAUUCAAAUUACUCUUGGUCCAUUCUGUGCUACAUUUCAUGUUAGGCUUUUAGAGGAUGCAAAAGGAAGGAAACAGGGUCAAUGUGGCAAAAGAGCAUUUAGUCGAUGGCACAGAUUCUAACAUUAUUCACUUACAAUAACGCAAACAAUGUAGAAAUGGAGAAAAGCUGUUGAGCCAUAGUCCACAGCUCAGUUACAGAAAGAUUGGUGAUGGAUAGAGGACAUGGAUGUAAACAAUGGGAGGUUGUUUAACCUCUGUGUAAAAAUGUGCCGGUAUGACACACUAAGGCUACCAAUUCUGACCAUCAGUUUUAUUAUAUUAGUGGAAAUAUCUAAUAUAAGACAUAAAAGGGUCUCAAAAAGUAGGCAUGUCUGGUCUGGAUUAUUAAUUGGAAGCAUGAAUCUCAAAAUGUAGGUUUUGUUAUUUUGGAUACACAUUUUCAUUGGACAGCAAUGCAGGCUUUGCACAUUAACAAAAGUAAAUAUAUGACCUCUGAGGGACUUGUUCUUUGUACACUAGCUGUAGUUUUGCUGGUUGACUAAAACUUGUUCUUUGCUCAAAAUAAUAAUUUAGUUUUAUGGGAAUAAAAAAUGUAAGAGCUCUGACAGUAAUAAAAAUGUAAGGGGUUUACAUGCUGUGUACAAAGUGCAUUCAGACACGUCUCUUGCUUCCAGCACUUGACCAAAAUAAAAUUGUCCUAGAGUAUUUCAAUUAAGUAAUAAAGGAGCUGAAGUUACUGGAAUACUAUGGAUUGGUCAGAGUGAAAGAGAAGAGUGUAGCAAGAAAAUUAAUAUUGGUGGAAAGGGGAACAUAACUAUUAAAGCCACAUGAGGAAAACAUAAUACCUGAGAAAAACUGGACAAUCUCCUCCUUGCUACAGCCAAAGGGGAGGCCUCGCAGCCGCACAAGCCCAUCUCCCGCUGUCUCUGGACAGUUUGGACCAGUGUGCUUCAUGACCCAAUCCAUCUCCACAUUGUUGGAUUUAAACACUGAAUCACACAAGACAAACAACAUAGUAACACAAAAUAGUACUUGCAUUCAUCCAAGAAUGACACACACUUUUGAUAUUUUGAAAAAUGCACACCAGUGGGGGGAGAAAAUGAGUUUACAGUUGCUGCCAAUCACGCACUUUUUGGCCGAGUAUAGAUAUAAAAGUAAAACCACAGCGGAUAUAACAACUGUAUUUGUCAGUAUUUUUAUAUUGUAGAUGUAUCAUGUGUACAUUAUCGGCAUGUUGACAUUUUUGUAAUUUUGCCGCGAUCAAAACAGCCCACUGCCAUUGUGGCGACCCACUUGCCUUCCUGUCCUUUUUGGACGGAUUGACUGUAAACCAGUUUAGUUGUACUUUUUUGGGCACAAUGACAAAGCAUCAAUGCAAAGGAUGCAUUGAUGGGGUGGAAAACAAAAUGCACACGGAGAUGGCCAAUAUUUGUUGUGUGCAAUUAGUUGGCUGUGUUUGUCACUUCCGAACAGGCUCCAAGAAGGUUCGGUUCACGCUGUGCAUUGCCUAAGCACCUGAGCGUAUUUGUUCAAUGGUAAAUUUCAAUCACAGGAGUGAAUCCUCUUGUCUCAGUGGGUGGAGGACGGGCUGCUUGCUUACACACACAGGUCUUGCCAACAAAGCCUAGCAAGUUGCAAGUGAGAACCAAAAUUAGGAGAAUAAAUGUCAAAAAGGCAAAUAUUCUGGUGUAUUCUGGCUUCAAACCGAAUGGGAUGCAGAUGAACUGGACAACACGGACGAACAAACAAGCAAGUAUGCCAAAAUCUCUGGAAUAUGGCAACAAAAAAAGAAAAGAAACCACUUGCUGCAGUUUUUACAACUGGGGGAAAAAACAAAACUUCAAGAUUUUUUAAUACUUAUUGAAGUGCAAUUUUUGGUAAAAAAAGAUUGACAGUCAUUUUUAUAUUAUUGUUUACUUAUUUAGAAUAAUUAAAAGUGCUUGACCUCCCAAUUACGGUGGUAAAUACUAGGGGUGGAACAAUUUCCUUGAACAAUGACUCGAGUCAGAAUUUAUGUUUGCUGAUGUGAUUCAGGGACAACAUUUUUUCAAGAAAGAUACGAUCCGAAAAGAUUCAGUGAGUUGAAAUCUAUUUAGUAAUUUUUAGCCAAAAAAAUAUCAACCAACCAGUGUGACUGUUAAAUGGAUACUGGACGUUGCAGGUGAAGUUCCCUAUAUUCCUGUUAUUUCUUGUAAGGGAAUUAAGUACAAAUGAAUUAUCAAUACAAACAACAAUUAAUGGCCAAUGCUAAAUCUAAUUUGAAUAAUGUGCAACCAACACAUAGUUUUAUUUAACAAGAGGAAACCUUUUCUUCUAUGUUCAAUAUUCAAGCAGAUUUCAAAUAAAAUACAGUAACCAGCAUUUUAACAGAUGUACCUGCUAAAUUAAGUACCCCAACCCUGUCAUACAGUAUCUGAUCUCUGCCUUUGUGCCGAUGAAGGACAGCGUACCAAGUGUGCAGAAGCAUGCAUGCUCCUUCAUCCUUGUUGAUGGCGUUGACCCCUUCCUUCUUAAUUUCCAUUGUCUCCUGAAUCCACCAAUUCUAUUUAUUUUUUUCUGAUUAAAUUAUUUUUCAUUGGCUACCAGUUGUGAUGUUGUGGCGCCAUGUUGUGUUCCGCCGGACGUCGGUGCGUCACCAUAACUAGCUUUGCUGUGCCUUCCGUUGUGUCGGUCGCGUCCUUUGUUGCUUAAAGUUGAGUUGUGGCGCUAUAUUAUUGUCUUGACGUUUGUCUUAGUUGUGACAUUUGCAAUAGUGUUGUAACCGGAAGUUUGUGUUGUAAUCAAAGGAUAUUGUUUUGUGGCGUGUGCUUAUUUUAUAACUUUUCUUGACCACCUUUACUAUUCGCCAUUUUUAUUUUGAUGACACCACAGACAGGCAAGCAGACUUAACGUUUUAUGUCUUUAUUAAAAGUACUAAACUUUAUAUGAAGCUCACAUUUUUAAAUCCAAUAGUUUCCUUUUACUAGUAUCUAUAAAAUCUAUUUUAAACUAUGCUGGAUCGAUACCAAUCGAUAUAGUAGAUCGAUACCUAUCUUCCGGAAAGCACAGAUCGAUGUGGUUAAAUCUAAGGAAUAUGAAUCGAUAUAGCAAUUAAUUGUUACACCCCCAGUAAACACUACUAGGAAUAAGUUUGUUUGAAAUAGUUACUUUCAUUAUGAUCAUAUAUUAUUAUAUUAUUGUUUAAUUUGGGGAAAGGGCAGCACGGUGGCUCAGGGGUUAGUGCAUGUGCCUCACAAUACGAAGGUCCUGAGAUCUUUCUGUGUGGGGUUUGCAUGUUCUCCCCGUGACUGUGCGGGUUCCCUCCGGGUACUCCGGCUUCCUCCCACUGCCAAAAACAUGCACCUGGGUAUAGGUUGAUUGGCAACACUAAGUGUGAACGUUUUCUAUCUGUGUUGGUCCUCCGAUGAGGUGGCGACUUGUCCAGAGUGUACGCCACCUUCUGCCUGAAUGCAGCUGAGAUAGGCCCCAGCACCCCCCACGACCCCAAAGGGGACAAGCACUAGAAAACGGAUGAAUGUUUAAUUUGGUCUCAAAAUAAAGCUGACUAUAUCAUUUUUCUGCAAUAAACGAUAUAUCGUCCAAGAAAUUUGUUAUUGGCCCAGGUGUAUUUCAGACAGGUCCAUUUGAUACAUUCAUUGGCAAAUAUUGAAGAUGAAAGAAAAAAACCAACAGUGGACAAGGUCAACAAUUUCAGAAAUGUGUUGUUUUUUAAUAUUUGUGUGGAUAUUACUCACCCUCCACAUAUCUGUGCCCCAUAGUUUCCCUGUCCUUCUUCAAGGCUAUCUUAAGGUCUUCUUCUGUUUCCAUCUCAACAAAGGCCUCGCCGCUGGGACGACCCUCUCUCGUGGAGGUGAAGUGGACACCGCCGCCGUUGCCGAGCAUUUUGCAAUCUG